AUGACCACGCGCAUCUACCUUCCUAGACAAGAAACACUUUAUCAGACCACUGGGAUAGAUAGUCUCGUGACAUCUGUUGCUGCGUAUGUUCAAGCAGCAGAUGGGUCACACACGCCGAACAAAGUGGCAUUGAUGUAUCGAGCAUUUUGUGAGGCACUGUUACAAGAGAAUCUCCUGAGAUUGGACCAGAUUCCCGCCAUGAUCAUCCAGUACCAAGGUGUUUCUUAUGAGAUUUAUGUCAGAUCUAUAGAACAAAACGGGAAGUCCAGAAAACGUAAGGGGACAGCAUUUGCAGAUCCCAUGCCAACUUCAUCUAAAGAAGCCGAAAACAUUAGAGCAUUCAAACUUCUUGAGAUGCUGACGAAAUUAAUAAAGACGGAAAAUUCAAGAAAAACCGGAGAGGCAGGCAGAUUCCUGCAACCGGAAGAUGGCCAAGAAAAAAGCGCAGGUGAGCUUGUCAAGUAUCAUUUACAGAAGCUAUCAAUUGCAGAAGUCGACUUUUCUCAGGCUCGCGAGAAGGUAAGACGUGCGUACUUUCAUCUAGGUAAAGCAUAUGCUCAAUGGAUUUUCGAGCUCCUGCCAUCUCUUGACGUUCCAGUGACGUCGAAGACAUUUCAUCGUGAGGCAUAUCCCAUUGUUCAAGCGCACUUGCUCAAGCUUUGUAAGCAGUCAAAUGAGUCGUCCUUGCUAAAGCGGCUCGAAAGGGCGAGAAAAUAUUUUCACAUGGGAUCCCUCAUUGGAGUGGAAACAUUAGCCCAAUGCGAAGACUUGACUGUCAAAAGAAUGGACAAAAUAUCUAUGGAGUCGCUUUUCUAUUGGAGAAGUACUGCAAAAAUGAACUUUUCAAGAUGA